AUGACUGAGAAUAGAUCACGCGAUUAUGAUUAUUUAUAUAAAAUAAUAUUGAUAGGUGACAGUGGUGUAGGCAAAUCUUGUAUUUUAUUACGUUUCUCAGAUGAUCAUUUUACAGAGAGUUAUAUAACAACUAUUGGUGUUGAUUUUAGAUUUAGAACUAUUAAAGUAGAUGAUAAAAUAGUGAAACUACAAAUAUGGGAUACAGCAGGUCAAGAACGUUUUAGAACUAUAACAUCAGCAUAUUAUAGAGGAGCUGAUGGAAUAAUAAUAAUAUAUGAUACAACAGACAGGAAUUCUUUUUUACAUAUUAAUGAUUGGAUGAAUGAAAUAAAUAAAUAUACAAAUGAAGAUACUUGUAAAUUACUUGUAGGCAAUAAAGCUGAUUGUAAAGAUGAUAUAGAAAUUACAACAAUGGAAGGUCAGAAUAAAGCUAAAGAAUUAAAUAUCUCUUUUAUAGAAACAUCAGCAAAAGAUGCUACAAAUGUAGAACUAGCUUUUACUAUGAUUACACAAGAAUUAAUUAAAAAAAAAAAAAAAAAAAAUUUUACAUCAUUAAAAAAUAAUCAUGCAAAACUUAAAUUAUCAACACAGGAUAAUUCUGUUCAGUCUUUUUGUUCAUGUUAA